UUUAUUUUUUGAAGAUGGACCUGCUGUGGAGUUUGCUAUCGAUUGCAUGUUUAUUCCUACAACUUGAAGGAUACACCAUGGUGCUCAAACCUAACGUUGUUGUUGUGGAUGUUGACAUGACACCCAACACACCCAGCCAAUGCAGAAAUGUGACACUCCAAUGUGGGGAACAAGACCCCAGUGUGUACUGGCAGAGGAAGAAACAGAAGAUAGGGAAGGGGAGUGAGCUAACCAUUUGCGUGGAGGAUUUCCCAGAUGCUGGGAACUUCACCUGUCACAAUGAUAAUGGAGACAUUCUCAACCACACCCUAGUGUUAAUUCAAGUGACAAAAAAUGACAGAGGAGAGCAUCCCAAACAAAUACUUCAAGAAAUCUCUGAUCAAAUGUAUAUUAAAUGUGAAACAAAAAACUACUCUGGUGUAUUUGAGUGCUCGUGGAAUCUAAAUGUGAAUCCCAACACUGUCCAGAUUUUAGCUGAAGCUUAUCGGCCAAAUUCCAGCAUCUCCUGCACUGUUCAUGAUCAGGACAAAUCCAGGGCUAUCUGUCAUGAAUUGACAUAUUGCCCAUUCCAAGAAGAGCAGGAGAAAGUACAAGUUCAUUUGUAUGCAAUCGAUGGGCCACGCUUUGAAAGCUACUCCAAUCAGUUCUUCCUUGCAGAUAUUGUGACACCAGAGAAGAUACCAAUUCACAAGAAAGACGAGGGAGACAAGAAGGUUAUCGUGUCCUGGGAGUACCCCAACUCCUGGGAUAAACCACAUUCCUACUUCCCUUUGAAGUUUGAAGUUAAAGUACUCAAAAACAAAAACAACUGCAACCAUGAAGUGCGUUCGAACCAGCUCACAUGUAAUCACAAGGUGCCAUACAAGGGCUCCUUUCAUUGCUUCACUGAAGAGAGAAGCCUGCGGUUCAACCAUAGCACCAAGAAGUACAUUUUCUGUUUAAGAGCUAAAGACAUGUACAGCGACUCUCCCUGGAGUGAAUGGAGUGAAAUAGUCCUUCGUGAUCCUGGGCAGCAGUGCUGGUUGAAGGAUUAUUAUUAUUCUUUGUGUUCUCUGAAGCACCAUUACUCCCUAUGUCAUGUCACAAAGACGCUGGCUUCACCCACUAUAAGCACACACUUAUUACUGCUUGCAUAACUUUAUAUGCUGUAAACAAAUUGCACACACAUUAUGGACACAUGCUUUUACAAGCACA